CAUUUGUAGCUGAGCUUUGGAAGUAUUGUUUUUGGAGCCUAGUAAGUACAGCAAACAAGGAAAAAUGAAUCCUGCGCUUGCAACUAUGAACCGCAGCCCCGCUACCAGCCUAGUCCAGAUGUUAUACUGCUCUGGACCGUCGGGUUUGAAUGGCGUUUUUAAGCACGAUGCCCUGCAUCUUGCGAAGGGGGCUGACUUUACGGGAAGCACGCAAAUGAUGUCGGUGCAGCUGGAUGAAGGCGAGCUAGACGAUUGUUUGGAUGAGGUCGAUUCAGUCUCGCAGCUUCACAAGUCCUCGUCGAAGAAUUGCUUAAAAAAUCUCCUGUUCUCGGCCGAGAGCUCAAAUGCAGAUGGCUCUCUUCCAGCAUCUCCGGAGACGCCUUCUAGCCCAAUGGACAGCAGUCAGCCCGGAUUUACGCCUGCUGCUGACGCCCAGCUGGCGCAGGAAACAGAGGAGCUUAUUGCGGCCUACUUAUUUCGAUCGGCCGGAUUACCCUGCUCACGUAUCCGUAAUGGAAACAAAUCUUUCGACACCCUUGUACGUGUUGGGGAUUCUGUCAUCGAGAAACAUAAAUUCGCGUUUAACGGAAUGCUCCGGAAGCUUAAUAUCUCCCAGGAGGGAGACAUGGGAUUCAUGACCCCUGUUGCUGAAAGCAUCUUCAGCGAUGGAGUGAUAAACUGGGGACGUGUUGUAAGCUUGGUAGCGUUUGGGGCAGUGGUAGCCAAGCACCUAAAGCAAGUCAACCUAGAACGCUGCAUCAGGCCUUUGGCAGACCAGAUUUCUACUUUCCUGCUUACACGCCAAAAGGAUUGGAUUGUGAAUAACAGAGCUUGGGAGGGCUUUGUAGAGUUCUUUCGCAUUGAAGAUCCAGAAGCAGGAAUACGACAGGCCUUGAUCACCUUUGCUGGAAUGGCAGGCAUUGGAGCUGGUAUUGCUUAUUUGAUCCGAUGAAUGCAGACUCUACUUAAGGACUUGCAGCAUUUGGUGUGUUUAUCACUGCCAGCUUUAAUCCUUUGGAAGGAUGAAAGGACUGGCAGAGGAGGGCUGAAAAGCACAUUCAGUGAGUUUUAGCCUUUGUCCUGCCAGUAUGACUGUCGAGUGGCGUGAAGUUUUUUUUUUUUUUUAACAUGAACACCGUGCUUUUUGAGGGGGGCAUAGAGCAGGGAUGUUGCUAUGCUUGGCAACUUGAAGACUUGAUUGGCUCACUACAUCUUGGACUUGGAAGGUCCUGGCGCGUCUGGUGCUUUUUUGUGUUGUAAAGUAUUUAUAUAUAUAUAAUGUGUAUAUAUAAUAUAUUUUUGCUACUGUGACAUCCCUGGUCUGGUUCCCCUCCAGACAAGACUAACCAAUUGCUUAAUACUUUUUUGUAUAUAAUUAAAAAUAUUUUUCUAUUUUAUUCAAAAAAAAAAAUUUUUUUUCACUUAAAUGUUGAAGCAAAUCCCUGUCUGUAUCCUGCCAUAAUCAUUUUCAUUUCCCUAGUUCUAAAUUAGAAGCACUUACUUUGUUCCAUAGUUUCAUUUUUGGUAUAUAAAGUUAGAAUUUUUUGCUCCCACUCCCUCACCUUUUGUUCACUUAAACAUCACAAUCUGUUUCAUUUUUCUUUUUUGAUAGUGCUUUUAAAUGUUCGACUGUUAGUAGAUUUAACAAAGUGUCCUGGAAUCUUUUUUUUUUUUUCCCAUGCCCCAAUUUUGCUAUUUAUAUUAAAUUAGCAAAUUCUAACAUUGGAUGUCGGCUUCAAAAAUCUCUGUGCCUGCUUAUAAGUGUAUUCUAUGAAUAGGAAGCAGCAUUGGGAAUGUUCUGGACUAUCAGCGCCUCUUGAAACAACAUGUUAAGGGGCUUAAUCAGUUUUCUAAACGCAAAAAAUGAUUUGUCUGAAGUAAGGGAAUACUACAUAAUAAAUCAUUUUUUUUGGUUCCAUUGA